GGGUUUGUUUACAUAUGUUCCAAUCACAAACCUUAUUUUGGUUGCUACAACAACAGAUAUAAUUUAUUCACGUGACUGUAUUCUCUGGGGCUUAAACAUUUCCGUGACUCAAAAUCUAUCCGCAGGAUAAUUUAGAUUUUGUAUGGCCUGCAACCCAUCCUGGCUCUGAUUAUGUCUGCGGUCGAUCUUGUAACAACCCCCGAACUUCAGGAGCUGGAGGACAGACUUCGUCAGAUUAUCGAGACAAUUCUUGAGCUUGCGAUCGGAAUCUACGACUACGAAUCAGUUUCGCACAGCAAGGAUGCGGUGAUAGCUCGCGUGAACUUGUUAACCGCGCAGCUCUCUACUCUUGACGAGGCCUCGAAGCGGACAAUAUCAGAUGUGCUUGUACCUCGGGAGAUUAUUCAGUACAUAGAAGACGGCAGGAAUCCACGGGUUUAUACCAGAGAAUUCGUCGAGCUGCUGGUCAAGCAGAACCAGUUUGUGAAUGGCAAGAUGCACGCUAUGAGAGACUUCAGGGAUGAAUUGGCCGAACAGAUAAAGCAGACCUAUCCAGAACUGUCAAAGGAAGUUGACCUUACUUUGCAAAAUACCGGACCUAGUUUCCCCAAGGCGCCAACAUCACCGACCGAAGCGGGAGCGAACCCGGAGUCGGCGGCGGCUAAUGGAACGGACGGGCCAAAAACCUGAAUCAUGUGUGUUAUGAUAUUGUUUGUGGGUCAUUUGUGCUCAGAUGAUAGAAAAGUUGGUGUCGCUACUAUUUGUAUCAAUUUAGGUGUUUGGAGUUUUGUUGCACUUUGCUUUUGUCGACUUCUCAUAUAGAAAUGAAUUUAAAAAAUAUUGAUAUAAAU